CAAAAGCAUCUCAAUCUCUCACUCCCCUGUCUUUUGUUACUUUUAUCUUUGUUUUAAUUUGUGGGUUUGGCAAUUAGAGAGAGAAUUAGAUUGAAGCAGAAACAUGGCUAGCUGCAGCAUGGCAUCUGCUGCUUCUGGAUUCCUGUUAACUCCUAAUGUUCCUGCCAAUACCAAUUCAAGUUCUAGGAGUAACAUGGUGUAUUUCCCUUCAAAGAACAACAAUAUCAACAAUUCUAGGCUUGUCGUAAGGGCAGCUGAAGAGGCUGCGGCUCCUGCUCCUGCCACCACCACAGCACCAGCUGAAGGUGAAGCUCCAAAACCUAAGCCACCACCAAUUGGACCCAAGAGAGGAACUAAGGUGAAGAUUCUGAGGAGGGAAUCGUAUUGGUACAAUGGCAUCGGAUCUGUUGUAGCUGUUGAUCAGGACCCCAAGACACGCUACCCAGUUGUGGUUCGAUUCGACAAAGUUAAUUAUGCAAAUGUAUCUACAAACAACUAUGCAUUGGAUGAAAUCGAAGAAGUUAAAUGAGUGUGAUACUGUCUGUGUUGUAAUCCUGAUUUUUCUAUAUUACUCCACUCUCUAGCUUAAGCCCCUUUUUCUUCCUUUUUUUGCUUAUCUAUGUCAUGAAUGUGUAUCAUACUCCCAAGUGAUCAUUCUCUUUCUGUUCCUUGUUA